UUUACUGUUAUUGGCAGGAGUGCAAAUUAACAGUAGAAAAGGUUGGUUCACACUUUGCUCUAACUGUUAUUAAAUGUGUGACAAACAGGGAAAUGUUAUUAAUGGAUAAUGAUGUGAUACUAGCAGGAAUAUUCUUAGAUCCAAAAUAUAAAAUUGUUUUGGAUGCCAGCCAAAUAAACAGCUAAAAACCAUUUAAAACUUUUAUGGAUUAGACUACUAACUUUAAAAGAGGUUCAUUAUAUACAGAAUGAUGUUAAUGAACAGGCUGUUCCCGAUGUUAUGUCAAAUUCUUCUAACUCUUCUACGGACGAAAUGGAAGUCUUCUUAAGAAAAAAAGAUACAGAACAUAAAAUUGAGGUGGAUGUUCAGAAUGGGGAAAACCUUAAUAAGUCAGUCAUAUUGAGAAAAAAAAAUAGAAAAUAUUUUAACUACUUAUGAAACAGAUCAAAAGAGAGUUCGUCUUACAAAUACAACAAUUUUUGAUUUCUGGAAAAAAUGAAGGACAUUUCCCCAGAAAUGUAUAUGCUUUCACAAGUUUUAUUGGCUGUUCCAGCAACACAAGUUAGCGUUGAAAGAUUGUUUUCUGGAUUAAAAUUUAUUUUGCCUCCAACAAGGUCCAACAUAAAAAAUAAAAUUUUAGAAGAGCAACUAUUUGUGAGAACAAAUAGACUUUUUGAAAAAGAGGAAGGACGGAAGCUAUUUUGCAUUAAACAUCAAAAGGAAAAUAAACCAAAAUCAAACAUUAAUAAAACAGGAGAUAAAGGUAACGAAAAUGAAAAACAAAACUGUAAUGAGGAUGAGGAACCAGCACGUAUUAAUGAAAAUGAAUCUCAUUUAGAAGAAAGUUCUAAAUUGAAAGGAAAAAAGAGGGUAUUGGACCAGAAGAACACAUUAAACAGUUAUUUUGCUAAAAAAUCUUGUAUAACCGUAGAUAAUGAUAUUAAUUAAGAAUGCCAGAG